CCACCUUAGGCAUGCUCCCACCCCUUGGCUAAAGAAAAUAAUGCGGACUCCACUCAGUUUUCUUUAGCUGUAUAGUUAUCUGGGAAAACUUCCCCCUUUAGACUUCAGCAGUUAAGCGAAUAUUUGGAAUACCAAAGUGUUUUUUGCAGUUAUUUGUUUUUCUGAUCUCAAUUCUCCCCUGCCUCUAAAAAAAAUUAAUCAGAAUUUGAAGCCAUCUGGUCUCAGGAUUGGAAAGCUAUUCUCUAAGCAGAGCAAAGAUGUUUAUUAAAGUUCAAUUCUUCAUCUUCGUUCUAGGGAGCGUGCCUUUGAUAGCACUUGCUGAAGAAGCAAGCUCAGUUCUAGAAGGAGAAGAAAGUACAACAAUUGAUUUCAGAGACAGGAAUGACACAGAAUUUGAAGAAUUACCAACCCUGUUGCCCACAAGACUACACAAUGUAACAAAUCUCUUGCAGUUUGGACAACUGAUGACCACAGAAAGUGCAUUUGCCCCAGCUGAAGACAGUGAUAAUUCUACUGGUUAUGAAGUUAACACAGAAAAUGUUGAUGGUAGAUCAAGUGGGGAACCAGAGAAAACUGAAAAAGGUGGUCUGGAAACAAUUGCUCUGGUUGGAAUAAUUAUUGGAAUCAUAGUUGCAGUUGGAAUCCUUGCAGGAGUAAUCAUUGCUGUUGUAAGGAAGAUGUCAGGCAGGUACUCGCCCUGAAAAUAGUUGAAACAAGCAACCAUGCCAUUCUACACCAGAAGAUAUAAGUGCUUCUUAUUUUAUAAGAACUAAAGACUAUUCCUAUAUUGGUGUGAGAAGAUGAUCCAUGGAAAAUAUGGUCAAAGAAUUCCAGAUCUAUGGGGAUCCCACACAACUCUAAGGACUCUUCCUCUUCCCCCCUACCCCCCCUCCCCAGAAUACAGUGUAUGGAACAUUUAAUAGGAUUUUUACUAACCAGGAGUUUACUGGAAGAAAGAAGAUUAUGCAGUAAGAAAAAAACCCAGCAGCAAUGAGAUUUACAUCUGAAAUGUGAUUUGCAGGUAAUAUAUGCUAGCUUGAUUUUUAAAUGCUACCAAAGAUUAUUUCACAUUACAUUUUAUACAUUUCUUUAAGAAAAAACAUAUCCAGAAUCUUUUAAGUGUUUUUGGCUGGUUUAGUGCUUGUGGCAUGUUUAUCUGCCAAACAGCGUAUCAAAAAAAGGAGGAAUUAGCUUCAGAGAGAGCCAAAUAUUUACAAAUCUAAGAAAAUAUGAGAUAUCAGAAGCUAAAAUCCUUCCACAGUUGAUACAGAUUUUCUGCUCUUGAUACUUAUGUUAUUAUGUGGCAAAACAUGGUAGGCCCAGCUGGAACUGACCUACCAACUGAAAGCUUGCUCAUCUGACUGUUGCACCAGGAAUUUCCUGUCUUCUCUUGCUGCAGAGACAUGCAGGGAUUAAAAUACACAUCCUGAAUUAAAGGGUGCUUGGAAAAUACCCAAUUUUGAUGGGUCACUUUAACCAGUUACUCAGCACGCUUUAAAGCCAACAUGUAGAAGCUUUUGAAUUAGUUUGGGUUUGUUUUUUUUUUUUUCUGUAUAACUGUCUCAUUUUCUAACUGUAUAGUUGGCUUGUUUGAUAAAUGUGUGCAACACUAGAUCAGAAUACGUUAAUGAGGUACAAUGCAUCUUUGGAGUCUACACCUUUUCUGUAGCAUACUUAGUACAGCAGUACCUGAACACACAGGGUUCAGAGCAAAAGGCUUUGUAUGUCAGGUGGCUGCAAUGCAUCAUGUUUUCUAAACUUUAGAGGCACUUGAGUGUUUGGUGUAAAAAACAUGAUAAUCCAUAUGGUCAAUAAUUGCUAAAUAUGUGAAUUUAUCUAGAUUUGCUUUUCUGUUUCUUUCAUGUGACAAACUAUCAUACCAAUCUGAGCUUUGGAAAUAAAAAAUAUAAUGUAAAUUGUCUUAUUUUACAAUAACUGUUCUUUAUUUUCUUUUAAAAAACCUUAUAAAAUGUUUUAAACUUGCCUCAAUUUUCCUAACUUAUUUUGCUACUUGUCUUGUCAGUGAAGUGUCUACAACCAACUCAUUUGACACCGAUAAAUGAAGCUAUCAUCAAAAUCUGAACAUGUCAGAAAAAAUAAUUUAGAAGUCUUUUUGGUGCAGUUCUCAAGCUCACGUAACAGGGCACUCGGUCUGUGAUGACUGAUGACUAGCAAACUUUAUCUUCAGGCUGGUCUGUGCUGAGAACUGCAGACUAGAUCCAAAGGCUGCAAUUUCUAGAUACAGGCAUGCUUUUUUAGUGUCAUCUAUAAAAAGAAACUAGUUUCCUGAAGUCUGAAUUUAGACUUUUUGUCAAGCUCAGAAUUAAAGCAUAUUUGGAUACAAGCUGUGGCUUGCUGUCAAUAAAUACAGUUGUCACUGAAUUGCUGAGUUAACACUCCUAGGAAUACUUCACCUGCAGCAGUCAUUCUCUCUUCCUCACCAGAGGAAGAUUCUAAACUACAGUUUUCCCAUGGGAAUAACUUUCCCCUUGUAUAACUAUUCCCAUCACAUUACAAGCACUAUCCACAAGUAGGCAAUUUAUAAUAAAACUGAAAUAUACCUUAGAUCUUGUCCCUUGUUUUGAGAGUCUCACCUGAUAAAACACAGUCAAGGUUGUUACAUGUAGAGAGUGAAGUUACGAGUACGUAUGCACCCACAAGGAUGCAACUAACGUUAAGGAAUUUGCCAUGUGUUUGCAUUUAAGUACUAAUCCCAUGCAGUACAACCUCAGAGCAUAUGCAUCCCAGAAUUGGUCUACAGUAGUACAGUACCAUUGGAAUAAUACAUUCAUAUCUCACCUCCAGCAUAAUGCAUUUGGUUUAUUUCUGCUUACACUCAAAACCUGCAUAAAACUAAAGGGAAAAAUUAAUUAUACCACUCUAUGAAGUCAUGUAUGUACUAUAUAAAAAAUCUGUAACAAGUUUAAACCUAGUGUGUAUCUUAAGUCAGUUCUUUACUAAUGCUAAGUUGGUUUAGGAUAUUUUUAAAGCAUAAAAUCCAAGGGACAGAAGUGGGCUUGAAGUAGGCGACAAAGUUUUCACU